UUUUUUUUGAUGACAUAAAGAUGAGUGGAAGUGUCCGUACACGAUUUACUCUGAGGGUUCUUGAUGUUGGCUUAAAUUAAGGGGUCUUUCGAUCGUUUUACAAACCCAUCUCUAGCCAUUCCCCUCCCAGAAACAGUUGUCAUCGUCAACUUGUUCCGGUAUCCUUGUGGCAAUUGAUCAUAGAUUCCACAAUACUUUAUUAUAUAGAUUACUCCUCCCUCGGUAAAUAUGACUUCUGUUGUACCGCGACUGACAGUGUCUUGCCCAGACGGGGUUUGCUUGGAUCCAGCGCUUCCACUCGCAUCUUCACCACAGAGGGAAUCCCAUCGCCCAUCAGACUUGAAACUUUCUCCUUCAGAGGACCGUAAAACUCCCGAUCCCUUUGAAGAUAACGACGAUAGUUUUUAUUCUCUCAAGAUACCUUCUCCUACUUACCAAAUCAUGUUUACUCCAAGAUUUUUGAUGACUUGUAGCGAUUCUGAGGACGAUUAUUCGGAUGGACUUUCGGAAUAUUCGGCGGAUAUUUUGAUAUUUACCCAGAGUCGCCGACCCCCUUGGACCAGCGCAGCGGAACACAUCAAACCGGUGGUUAAUCGGCUGAUCGACGAAGAGCGAAGACAACACGAUCUUGUACGUCUUGCCUGGCGCCCGGCCCUUCCGGCUACGCCUACCACCUCUGCCCAGUCGUUGUCAGCCAGCUCGCACCACGACAGCGGCACGGAUGCUUUGGAGACACAGUCCACUAGCUCAUGUGUGGCUUGUCUCAGUCGGCACGAGAGUCCUCCAAUCAACUUCGAUGAAAGUGGCCCACGUAUCCGACGAACUCAGUCUUUGCCCAACAAUUUGCGACGAUCGACGCAUUCAACCAAGAAUCUUCCGUCCUGCAAUAACACCUGGAGUAAUACCUCUAAUAUUUAUCAGGAGAAGGAUAAGGAAGACGAAAUCAAACGUUGGGCAUCCGACAUCGCAUUGACGCCCUAAACAAAUUUGUUCAAUCGUUUUUUUUUCUUCUCAGUACUAUGGCCGAUUCCUGCUGUUCUGUCGUCUGAUUUCAUCAGUUAUGGAGUGGACUGGAUGCCAUCUUCACUUUCUUCCAGCUAUCAUUUCCUUCACCAGUUUUCGUCUUCCCAUCUUUGUACCGACUCCUCUCCCGUACUUCUUGAUCGCGCUUUGUAAGUGUUCGUUAUAGGUUGGCGGUACCUUCUCCGCCAUGUAGAUUAAGAUCAAGUUGUUAUGAAGGCUGGAUCCAACUGUCUCCAUUUGGAUUGUCAUGAGCAUCAGUCACAAUAUACGUAUUUAUAUGUUCUAUCCAAGAGUUUUUCUUGUUUUGUAGAUUUUUUCAGAAUGCUUUAUGGAUUAUCAAUGCAUGCAGAUUGGUCAACGCUUUCAGAUCUGUUUUCACUGA